AUGGCGCCGUCCACACCACCCACGGCGCUAUCAGUGGACGUUAAUAUGAUGAUCUCUCCCUCGUCGGUCGAUGAAACUCUCAGGCUUCUCCCCUCUCUUGUUCUCUCUUUCACUUUAGACAAGAUGUUCGCGCAAACCAGUUUCUACAUUCGUGUGACUGGGAGAAGAGUAGAUCACGAUUUGAGGUUCAAUAACUUCAUAGGUUUCAUAGUUCAGUUGAUUCCGAUCGAAGCCUCGCCGACGAGAGCCAGGGGGCUUUUGAGUACUAUUGGGCGCAUUAUCAAGAUCACCAUCUCUCACAAUUGUUCCUCAAAGCACGAGGUCUCUCUCCCUGCUGAAUCUACUUUCGGGGAUGUUAAGAGACUGCUUGCAUAUAAAACGGGAUUAGAGCCUGAAGAGCAAAUACUCAUCUUCCGAGGAGAAGAAAAGCAGGAUGAAGAGCAUUUGCACUUGGAAGGCAUAAAGGACAGUUCAGAAAUAUUUGUUUUUGAAGACGCUGCUAGCAAAGGGAGGAAACUUGAGGAAACCAGGAAAAAGUUUGACAUGUCGAAAGCUUGUGAGGCUAUUGCUGGAGUUAGAGCUGAGGUGGACCAGCUCUCUGAGAGGAUGACUGCCUUAGAGGUGGCUGUAAAAUGUGGAACCAAUGUUGCGGAGAAUGAAUUUCUCUCCUUGUCUGAGUUGCUUAUGAGGCAGUUGCUGAAACUGGAUACUAUUCAGGCUGAAGGUGAAGCAAGGCUGCAGAGAAAAGCUGAGGUAUGUCGAGUGCAGAGCAUUGUUGAUAAAUUAGAUUCUCUAAAGGAGAUAAACUCCAAGCCUUCUAGCAACAAUGCCAAUGCAUUCCCAUAUGGAAAUGGAGAGACAUUUGACUCUGGAACAGGAAACGUGAAUGCUCCAUCCCCAAUGUCAACUUCAGGAGAAUUAGUUCAAGAUUUGGAGCAGUUUAACAGGGAGUUUGAACUUCGAGGUCCAGAUGAGGCUGAGGAUCCAAGCGCUAGUGAGGCUUUGUUUAGGAGAAGAGGGAAACGCUUAAACUUGGGUGCUCAAGUUCAGGAGGGGACUGAAAGAGGGGCUACCUCAGGGGCUAGUGAACUGGAAGAUCCCAUGGCUCUUGCUCACACCGACUUUCAUAUUAUCUCUUCCACUACUAGAGGUAUGCAAGUUCAUGUUUAA